UCAAUUUUGGAUGUAAAAUAUUAUGGUUGAUGAAAUCGCACCUGACUUAAUCCAUACUAUAUUCGUUCCGUCAGACUGGACUUUCUCCUGGUGAUAACUUCGACUAGUCACAUGGGUAAAAACGACACAACGAAUCUAUUGAGCCUACUACCACUCAUUUAACGUCAACAUUUCACAUAUUGCAAAAGUGCUUCUUGUGUUGGAUCGACGAAACUAACUCGUUUUAAUAACACUACAUUCUCAUUUUUCAUAUUCAAUUUAAAUCUUUAUUAAACGUAAAAAAUAACAUUCUCUCUAUCGAAAGGACUAAUAAAAAAAAAAUAUAUUAUGCUAUACGAAAAGAAAAAAAAAGAAAGGAAUCCUUUGAGCUUUUCAUGGAACGUUCGCGUCAAGAAAUUCCUCAACUCUGUACUGUUCCUCCAAGUGUUAUUCGAGCCCAUGAAAAUCUUCGCACUGAUCUUUUUAAUAAUUUUUUUAAAGGUAGUCAGUUAUAUGAAACUUUAGAGGAAGCAGAUGCAACAACCAAAUCCGAAUCUCUUUACGCACAAAGCUGGCAACGAAAAUUGGCUCCGGAAGUUAAACAAGAACUUAAGAAAUUGCUUUUGCGGCGAGCUAUAACGACUUUACAAUGUUAUGAAAUUUCAAGGAAGGAAUAUACGGCCAAAACAUUAUUGUAUCAAAAGGGUCUUUUGCACAGUGAAAAUUUUAAUAUUAUCGAAAUACAUUACCAAAAUCUCGUCCAUGAUCUUGAGUUUCUCAUGUUUGAGGCCAAUUGUCUAGAACAUGAUUGGGGUACAGGUUUAUUUCAAACAGCUUGUGCUAUCAUACAACAUGAAAACGUCACCGCUCAGGAUCAAAAACGUCGAGCUGAGGUUGCUAAGAAAACACAAAGUAAAACUCUUCAAGGUUCUUCUCGAACAAGUUCCAUUCUUCAAUAACACCUAAACGUUACAGUGUUGUAUUAAACUUGAGAACAAGUAAAGCGUUUGUUGAUCAUCGGAUUCGUGUUAUACACGACAUUUGAUAAUUCUAGUAGUGUGUAUCAUUUUUUUUAUAAUAAAUUCGUUACUAUGCAUGAAUAUAAUAACCAUUUAACAAAAAAAAAUUUUUUACAUACAUAUUCACGAGGCAAGAAACGU